AUGUCCACUGGCACUGCAAGAGGUCAUGGGGGUCUUAACCAACUAGGCGGAAUGUUUGUUAAUGGGCGUCCACUUCCGGAGGUGAUCCGGCAACGCAUCGUGGACAUGGCCCACCAGGGGGUCCGGCCGUGCGACAUCUCCCGCCAGCUUCGCGUCAGCCACGGCUGUGUCAGCAAAAUUCUGGGACGAUAUUAUGAGACGGGCAGCAUCAAGCCCGGCGUGAUCGGUGGAUCCAAGCCUAAAGUGGCAACGCCAAAGGUUGUGGACAAGAUCGCAGAGUACAAGCGGCAGAACCCUACCAUGUUCGCCUGGGAGAUCAGGGACAGACUGCUCGCCGAGGCUGUGUGCGAUGGCGACACCGUGCCGAGUGUCAGUUCCAUCAACAGGAUCAUUCGAACCAAAGUCCAGCAGCCGUUCAAUCUUCCCCUGGAUGGGAAAGUUCUAAGCCCUGGACAAACCUUGAUUCCCAGUUCGGCCGUCACCCCGCCCGAGUCGCCGCACUCCGACUCUUUGGGUUCCACCUACUCCAUUAGUGGCCUGUUGGGUAUUCCCCAACCCAGCAGCGAAGGCAAAAGGAGCCAUGAUGACAGUGACCAGGACAGCUGUCGGCAUAGCGUGGACUCUCAGGGCAGCGGUGGAGGCGGGAUCCCUAGGAAAAGCAUGCGGAUUGACCACUUCUCACAGCAUGUGGACUGCGGUUUCGAGAGGCCCCACUACCCUGCGGACUCCUUCGGCAGCUCGUCCUCCAGUAGCAAGGCAGAGCAAACUUUGUACCCGCUGUCGCUCAUCAGCGGCAGUUUGGACGAAGCCAAGAGCGGCCUAUCGUCAUCGAACUCCGCCAUCGGACGCAACCUGACAGCGCAUCAAAGCUACGCCAUGGUGCCUGGUAAGCCGUUUUUGCAUUUACUCCAUUCUCCCACUUCACCACCCCCUGGCCCAGAACCACUCCAGUCUCUACCACUCUGCCUGAAGCAGGAAAUGUCCCCAGAGGUUACCAGCACUAGCCCCGCCUCGCCAAACAUGGCACCGUCCAACUUGGCUUUUGUGGAACUCCAGAAACCGCUUUCUACAAGUAGCAGCUGUGGAAGUGGCACUGUCAACCAUUUCCCUAACUCCUUCAACUCAUUCUCCCAUCAUACACCUGUGUAUAGCCAGUUCAGCAGCCAAUCAAUCAUCUCAGGGCGAGAUAUGGUGAGCUCCACCCUGCCGGGUUACCCGCCUCACAUCCCGUCGCCGGCCCAGUCAGGAUACUCCUCGUCAGCCAUCGCCGGCGUGGUUGCGGGUGCCGAGUACCCCUCUCAGUCGUACAGCCACUCGCCCUACGCCUCCUACAGCGAAGCCUGGAGGUUCACAAACUCCAGCAUACUGGGUUCCCCCUACUAUUACAGCACAGCCUCUCGCAGCGCUCCCCCUUCAACGGCCGCCUAUGACCACCUCUAA